AUGCAUCGUGAUACAUUGAACAGAACUGAUUCAUUACAGGACAUGGAGAGCUCAGCAGACGACGAUGCCUUGUUUCUAAGGUAUCUGAAUCUUGGUUUUCUAUCGCCGGUGAUCGUGUUUGGAGUGCUAGGUAACUUUCUGGGUAUACUCACAUGGAGCCGUGGUUGCUACAGAAAUACGUCUACUGCGGCACUUUUGAUUGCAUUAGCCAUCGCUGAUACCGCCGUGUUGACGAUUCCAGCAUUAGAGCGUUGGUUACACAGAGUAAUUUUCUUCAUGAUAAGGAAUGACAACAUUGUGACAUGUAAGAUAUGGGCGUUUUUAUCUUACUUUGGACCGACCAUAUCAUCCUGGAUCAUAGUUAUUGUUACGGCGGAAAGAUUAGUUAGUAUCUGGUUCCCGCUGAAAGUGUUCUUCGUUUGCACCAGAAAGAAAGCGCUCUUCGUGGUGUUAGGAAUAUGCCUGCUUAUGGCAGCACUGUAUCUUCCCAUUAUCAUUAAUGCCACGUUAAUUAAAAAAGAAAACAUUGGAAAUCAAUUCUACGUCAACUCAACCGAUAUUACGUCAUAUUUAAUUAUAUGCGACGCUCCGGAAAAUGAGCCUUUCCGUAACGUUUACGUUCCGUUGUUGAUGUGGCUAGACAUGGGAUUUCUUUUUAUUGUUCCGUUCCUUUUGAUCGUCAUCGGAAAUAUAUUGAUAUUGUACAAACUUUAUAAAAGCAAUACAAUAUUAACAGAAGAAGGUCAUGACAUUUCUGAUAGAUCGAAAGUAACCAAUUCCUUUACAGUCCAAGCCAUUACUGCUAGCGCUACGUUUUUUGUUUGUCUGUUUCCUGUAACGUGUUACCAAGUUGCAGGGACAAUCACCGAGUACAGACUACCAGAUUACGCGGACGAUAUUAUACACAUUCUCUUGUAUGCGAAAAGUGCCUUCAACUUUAUAAUUUACUGUGCGAUAGGGUCCGUUUUCAGGAAAAGUCUUAAAACUGUGCUAGGUAAUAUAUUAAGCAGACAGGAAAGGCUGAUGGACCAUCCGGAUUCUAGUAUGAAUCAAACACAGGAAUCACCAUUGUAA